AUGCUGAGAGUUCGGAAAAAAGGUUGCUUUGGGAUUUGGUCGUUGCCCUUUAUAAUAACAGUGGUUUGUGCACAGAGUGCUAAUGAUCCUAGCAAUAUGUCACUAGUCAAAGAGACUGUGGACAGACUGCUGAAAGGCUACGACAUUCGACUGAGGCCAGAUUUUGGAGGUCCUCCUGUGGCUGUUGGCAUGAACAUAGAUAUUGCCAGCAUAGACAUGGUGUCAGAAGUCAAUAUGGACUACACCUUGACAAUGUACUUUCAACAAGCAUGGAGGGAUAAGAGGCUUUCGUAUAAUGUAAUACCUUUAAAUCUUACACUGGACAAUAGAGUAGCAGAUCAGCUUUGGGUUCCUGAUACCUACUUCCUGAAUGAUAAGAAGUCAUUUGUACAUGGUGUCACUGUGAAGAACAGAAUGAUUCGUUUACAUCCAGAUGGGACAGUUCUCUAUGGUCUCAGAAUUACAACAACAGCCGCAUGCAUGAUGGACCUACGAAGAUAUCCCUUAGAUGAACAAAACUGCACACUAGAGAUAGAAAGCUAUGGCUAUACAACUGAUGAUAUUGAAUUUUACUGGCGUGGGGGUGAUAAUGCAGUUACAGGAGUGACAAAGAUUGAACUGCCACAGUUCUCUAUAGUGGAUUACAAACUUAUCACCAAGAAAGUUGUUUUCUCAACAGGUUCCUAUCCAAGAUUGUCCCUAAGUUUUAAACUUAAGAGAAACAUUGGCUAUUUCAUUCUGCAGACGUACAUGCCUUCCAUUCUGAUCACUAUUCUUUCUUGGGUUUCAUUCUGGAUUAAUUAUGAUGCGUCAGCUGCAAGGGUGGCUUUAGGGAUCACAACGGUGCUGACAAUGACAACCAUUAAUACCCAUCUACGAGAAACACUACCAAAAAUCCCCUACGUGAAAGCCAUUGACAUGUAUCUGAUGGGCUGCUUUGUCUUUGUGUUCAUGGCUCUUCUGGAGUAUGCCUUGGUGAACUACAUCUUUUUUGGCAGGGGGCCACAGCGCCAGAAGAAAGCAGCAGAAAAAGCUGCCAGCGCUAACAAUGAGAAAUUACGAAUGGAUGUCAAUAAGAUCUUUUAUAAAGAUAUAAAACAAAAUGGGACCGAAUUGCGAUCCCUGGAUCCCACUGGAAAUCUCUCCCCAACUAGAUGGACUGCCAGUUACGAUUACCCUCUUAAAACGAUGGACCCACAUGAAAACAUUUUGUUGAGCACGCUUGAAAUUAAAAAUGAGAUGGCUGCCUCUGAAGCUGUUAUAGGGCUUGGGGACCCUAGAAGCACAAUGCUGGCCUAUGAUACCUCAAGUAUCCAGUAUCGGAAGGCUGGCUUACCAAGACACAGCUUUGGCCGUAACGCCCUGGAACGGCACGUGGCCCAAAAGAAAAGCCGGCUAAGGAGACGUGCUUCUCAGCUGAAAAUUACUAUCCCUGACUUGACUGAUGUAAAUGCCAUAGAUCGAUGGUCACGCAUAUUCUUCCCGGUUGUUUUUUCUUUCUUCAAUAUUGUCUAUUGGCUUUACUAUGUGAACUAAAAACAAAGCACCACCCAAAUAUCAAGAACUGGAUUCCUCUUCAAAAUUGAUUGUACAGCCAAAUGUGGGACUUAGGGAGAACAAAACCUAUUCAGGACAAAAGUUAUUUUAAAACACCUUAUUUGCUGGCCCACUCUAUAACCUGUUCAGUAAUGUUUGGAUUUCUUUUGCAGAACUGUGAAACCUAUUAAGUUACAGUACAAAUGUAUACAAUCUGGCUUUUAAAGAUAUAAUUGCAUUUGAUGUUUGGAGGCAAAAUCUGAAACUUGGUCAUUUCAUUUUUGGAUAAUACUGAAAGGAGAAGCUAAAAAGUAGGAUUGAAUUCUCAGAGCAACUUUUGCUUCUCUGCUCAUCUGGGAUAAACAGCAGUACCUGAAUGGAGAGAGUAUGGUCAUAUGUUGUUAUAUCAAAACCAUAUUCAUAUUUUAUCUUUUUCAUGUUAAUUUGAAGCUACAGUAAGUCAUAAUGCCUGCCAUCAUACUGUGAAGACAUGUAUCAAGCUAUUGACUGAAUGAAGAGUUGUUUUUUGAAAAUAUGAAAGCAACUUACACAUAAUUUGGAAGUGUUUAAUUGAGAUAUUGUAAAAUAUUAAUACAGCAUAUUGAUUACCAUUAUGUGAACCCACUGAUCAUAGAGUUAUUUUGGAAAUGGCCAAGUAUGUCCAGCAGUAUACCAUUAAAUAUAAUAUCUAGGAGUGUUCUACGUGUAAGUGCCAAAUGAGAGUGGGCCGGCAGUAACUUCAUAGGUAGUACUUUGUACUUUCUUCUGCAACAGAGAAAACAGUGGCAACUGUUGUCAAAUGCAAGGAUCGAGUAAAAGUUACAAACUUCAUGCAAAUAACAAAUCCUGAUAGUCAAAAUAUUUCCUAAAUUAUAGCUUUGGUUUGUAUUUCAUUCCCAUUUCAAAGAGAUUGAAUAUACUUUUUGAAGUUCAGAUAUUUAUUUAGACAUGCACACAAAGACCUCAAAAGAGUAAGCUUAUUGUAAGGAACUGGGUUGUCUUCUUCACUUAAUACCUUUGCAUUCAGUUUUAGAAGUGUUGUUUUUUA